CUUUCCUGUUUGGCCUCAGGGAUUCUGUGGUUGGCCUGUUGCCAGACACAGACCACGGCUACCAGGUCCUCUCCUCCACACAAACGGUCUCACUGCCUCUCAGUGCUGGGGGAGGAAGGGACAAACACGGGAAUGUCCCUGUCUCUAAGUCCAUGCCGUCCUGUUAUCAAACAUUUUCUUGGCUCCUGAUUCGCUGUCUUGGCAUGUGUUCUGUGGAUCUCCUUCCUGCCUCAAGCAACGUAUGCUGAGAUGCUGCUGGGGGCAGGCUGGGCCCCCGAGAAGUGGCUGAGUGAAUCAGACAGGGUCGAGCUCUGGAGACGUCCCCAGAGGUGUGACUGACGGCGGGGUCUGGGGCAGGGUCCUUACUUGGAAUGCAUCAGAGGGGGCAUCCAAAGGCUGCAGCCGCUUCAGCUGCGUAUGCCACAGAGCCCGGCGAGUGUGGGGGUCUCUACACAGACGGCAAAGGCAAGAUCAUCAACUACGUCGGCCCAGAGACUGAGUGCGUCUGGACUUUCAAGCUGGACCCCGAUUUGAAAGCCAUGGUGGGAUUUCCUUUCUUCAAGUUUGAAGGUGCUCCUAAAAACUGUGAGAAAGAGUAUGUGGAGGUCAUCGAUGGCCCUCCAGGGUCUAAGUCCCUUGGCAGGAUGUGUAACGCCUACAGCACAUUCAUUGCAUCUUCUUCCAACAUCAUCACCGUCAAAUACUCCAGAAUACCCAGCCACCCGCCCUCUUUCUUCGAAGUGUAUUACUUUCCUAAGAGCUACUAGGCAAGUGGUGAAGGGGUCUCCGCUGAUCUCUCUCCCCUGUCCAAACCUGGCCAUGCCGCAUGGUGGGCAGAGCCUGUUCCUGUGACUGUUGACAUACGGUGGAGCCAACGUUCUGCUGGAUCAGCUUUGAGUGAGGGAGCGUGAGUGGGAGCCCAUGACCUUUCCAGAACAUAUGUGGGUUCUGUACACUCACAUCCUUGAGUCAGUAGAUCAGAGAGGAAAACUACUUUUGUUAUUAUUCCUGUCAUCUUGAUGUUGGGGUAUUAAUAUAUAUCUUUUAGAAUCUACCAUCUUUCUCUUGUUGACCUUACUAUAAUUCCUUUGGCAUCUUCUAGUGUCAUGUAAAAUAUAUACCAUUGUAGUA